AGUUUCACAAAUUGCGGCCCAAAUAAGAAAUAGCUCAGCCCAAGAGCUAGCUGCUGCAAAUUGCGAUGGAAGUUAAUUUGGGACAGGACGGUAGCUGAGCGCUUGAGCCUGAGAUCAGAGAUGGUAGGGGAAGUGGAGAAGAUGAUCGCAGUGGGUUUGGUAUGGGGCGCCACAAAUGCUAUCAUGCGCCGGGGUGCCGUUCUAUGGGACCAAGCUGUGAAAUCCACAUCAAGGGCAGAUCCCAACGCCAAGCUGUACCAGAGAGCACUGUUGUCCCUCCGCAACUGGUUCAAGCUCCUAUGGAUCUGGCAGUACUCCAUCCCUUUCCUCGUCAACCUCUCCGCCUCCCUCACUUUCUUCGCCAUCCUCUCACACGCCCCACUCUCCCUCGCCGUCCCUGUCACCAACGCCACCACCUUCGCCGCCACCGCCGUCUUCGGCAUCCUCCUCGGCGAACGCACCCACCUUCUUCGCGCAUCCCUCGGUACCGCUUUUAUCGUU